UUUUUCGCCUAAGUGCCUAGACCUGUAUACAAGACCGUGGUAUGACGUAUCACCAGUUUCAAUAUGACAGAAGAACUCUCAGGUGUUACUAUUGUAAUAUUUAUCGCGGCUGGAGUAUUAACAAUAGUGUUAUUAUUUAUAUUUGCUAAAAGACAAAUAAUGAGAUUUGCCUUACGAUCACGACGAGGUCCGCACGUCCCUAUCGGUCACGAUGCGAAAAAGUCUUUGAAGAGAGAAACUGAAAGACGGAUAGAAGUAAUACCAAGGAUACAAUACGAACCACAACUCAUAAGCGAUCCCAGAUACAUAAUGGCACCUGGUGGUCAGGUCCCACCACAUUAUUAUAGAAUGAAAGCUGUUGAUGAUGUGAAGACUUUAGAGGCUGAAAUUACUCGAUAUGACAAUUGCAUGAGACGUCAUCCGUCUGAAAAUCUAAGAGCCUAUUUAUUGAUGACACUUGCUGCUCCACUAAAUGGUAGUGGUCAGCGUCUUAUUCACCAGUUCUGUGAUUUGUAUGAACAUGCACGACAUGAUCCAACUGAAUUUACUGAUGAGGAAUAUCAAGUAUACUCUCGAUUACUACUUAAACUCAUUGAUGCUGCACGUCUCUUGAAAUCAUAUCCAAGCAGUAGAAAGUCAAGUCCAAGCCGUACACCUAUCAAGAAGAAUGUUGAAACAAAGAGACACAUUCUAGAACCAAGGAUGCGUAUGCCUGAUGACCAAAUUUUAUGUGGCUCGCGUCCUAACACGUUGACAGUAAUGGCAUUAGAUAAUAGCGAAACGUCUGUGUAGCAUUAUGGGUAUCGUCACAUACAACACAUGUGACGAGAGCAUAGCAAGAUAAUAGAAUGAAAUUUUUAAUUGUUGGAAAUUCUAUAAACUUUUAAUAUGUUUUUGCUAUCUAUUGUAAUGAUUUUACUGUUAGGGGAAAGUUUGGUACGAAGCCAAUGACAGCAAGACUUUAUAUUAUAUUAAUAGUCAAUCUGAUGAAUUUAUCAGGAACAUAAUUAUUAGUUUGAAUAAUGCAUUUACUAGAAUAGUUUUCACACUAUAAAUCUGUUUCGAUAAGAGUUCAGGAAUAUGUAUUAUAUUUAGUGGUUGAUGUGGAAAUACUGCAUGUGCGAAUAGUAUAAUAGUAAAAUAACAUAAUUUAUUCAUAAUUGCAUUGUAUAUAUAUCAUCUCAUAAAGGUCAUAUCUAGUCAUAAAAGAGGAUAAGAUUGGGGUGGCUCGCAUAAAAUGAUAAGGACUUUGUUGAGUCGUUUGUAUGAAUAGUUAGUAAUAUAACUGUAAUAACAUUUUAUAAUAAGAAUAGUCAAUAGAAAUUUAUUGGAAAGGAAAAA